AUGACAUUUGAGAAGACUGGAGACAAGGGUAAUACUCCUGUACCCGAGGAAGGGGUCCGAUUGCGAAGUGCUUGUAACAAUUGCCAUGCCGCCAAGGUUCGCUGCACCGGCGAAAGAAGUGGGUGUGUGCGAUGUCGUGAUUCUGACCAAAAAUGCAUUUACAUGGUCUCGCUGGUCGGCAAGACGCGCGGACGUCGUAAAAGACGAAGCCGGAUCCCGUCCAGCUGCCCGAUGUCUGUCGAUAAUCUGGACCAACAUGGAAGUCCAAUAGACGCCAUGAGUGCCUGGCUGACAGACGCUAACGAGCUGUCACCGGAGAGGAAUGUGCUACCCUGUCUCGAUGAUAAUGACUUUCUCGCCUGGAGUGGCUCGUCUAUGUCGGAUGUUACCCUCUCUUUAGAUAAUAUCGACCCAGCGGCUGAUGUCCAUGAUGCCUUCCCGUCUUUGGCAACACCAGAAGCAUCCCAGUCGCCUAUAGGGACAUGCCUAUCGGGAAUAACUGAUGGAAAGCGCCCAUUGUCUUCGAUGGCCAUUCAUCAUGCAUCGCCUUGUGAAAGUCUAUUCCGUGACUUCAUAGCCUUGCCUCAGAGCACUCUCAACCUUGCACCAUCGUGGUCGCGGCAAGACAACGCGACCAGAGCGUCGACCCAUGAUCAAACGGGUGGCCUGGUUCCCCAAUCUCGUCUCGGCGGAGAUAAGCCGACGGAUUCCGGCAUCGCAUCCUGUGCAGAACUUGUGGCCCACCUCGAAGCUAGGCAGCGCGAGGGUCAGCGUGCGGUAGACGAGAUGUUAGCAACAAACCGAGAGGCUGUCAACAAGGUCAAUGACCUCAUAGUGCGUGACGGACCAACAUUGAGCUCUACUUCCUCCGUUAUUCUCACGGCAGCGGCGGAGCAUAUUGUCAGUCUGUUCGAAAUUAUUGUCCGGUCAAAACCUUACGACCAGUAUAAGAUGCCCUGUGUAGGUUUUGGGACUUUCCUGAUCGACCCCGAAGAACAGAAGGCCCUAAGGACCCGGAUCGUGUCUAAAGAGCUCUGCCUCAAUACCGAGAUGCUUCGUCGGCUGUCCAGAGCAAUUACACAGAGACGGGGAUCAAUGCAGGAAAGGUUGAAGAAAUGGCUACAGGAGCUGGAGCAACGGAUUGAGAAUUUGAUUUCCAUGGUAGAGAACGAAUGA